GCUCUGUAUAGAUAUAACUGUUUAGAUAUGAGGUCGACCGGUUUGAGAUGAUCAGCCAAGGGUCAUUCUGUAGAGUUUAUGCUGGAUCCUGGCGCGAUAGAUUGGUCGCCAUCAAGGUUCUCGACAAUUUUACUCCAGCUUCGACAUUUCGUCGAGAGGUCGAGCUGUGGCGCAGACUCAAACACCCUCAGGUCGUUCGUAUGUUCGGGGCGAGUAGCGCCCAUGGCUCCAAGCCAUGAUUCAUCGUGAGCGAGCUAUACGAACGCGGAAGCCUCGUGGAGUGGUUGGUGACCAUGGCACGCGAUGAUUACGCCACGCUACGCGAAGUGGACCAGUUCCGAUUUAUCUCUCAGAUCGCUGGCGGGAUGGAAUACUUGCAUGCCCAAGGGGUGGUACAUAGUGAUUUAAAGUGUGAAAAUGUGUCCGUGAAUGCAGAAGGAAACUGUGCCAUUGCUGAAUUUGGUCAGAGCGAACUCAAGGAUGAUGCCUACAGGCUGAGCGGGUGUCAACGACCGAAUGGGAUGCCGAGGUGGAAAGCGCCAGAAAUUUUGGAUGGUGCCGCAAGUCCGACAAUGCAAGCGGACGUCUACGCUUUUGCCAUCUGCUGCGUAGAGAUCCUCAACAUGGGUAGCAUUCCUUAUGGCACCCGAGACGACGAAGAUACAAGGCGGAUCGUGCUCGAACACGACGCUCGCCCUGAGGUGUCCGAUACCCCUCUUUCUCGGUGA